GCUCAUCCAGCCAAGAACUUGGGAUUUGUAGUUUAGCUACAAACACGGGCGCAGGCAUUGUAAACUCAUAUCCGCCAUUUACGGACUAUAACUCCCAGAGUAUAAUUUGAACGAAGGGUUAUAUGAGGCGUGUUGACGUCAUAAGCACGCGACAUUUGUUUUUGUUUUUCUUAUUUGACACCGAUUGUCAUUUUGUCUCGAUUUUAACCUUGUUUUCCCUGUUUUUGUGUAAAAGUAAAGUAGACGUACCUCAUACCGCCAUUUUAAAACAAUCGGCGCGGCGUUCCGCAAGAGGAAAUUUUAAAAGCCGAGGUGUUAAAAAUGGAUGUUAAUGUCAGAAUGCGGUUUUAUACAAUAACACAAGUUGAUUGGUGUGCAGAAAAUGGAGUUAUCCAGGUCUACAUGGGAUGUUAAGAGACAUUUAAAUGAUAGAAACGUGCUGAUUUCUUCGUAAACGUCUGUUUUUCUCCCGAGAUGACUGGUAUGUUGGAGAGUUGCAGAGUCAGCAGAUGUGUGUGAAGGAGUGCAUGUGCUGUAGUUGGCCUGUUCAUUCACUGUACACACACCAGAGCGUUUAACAGACUGGAUAGAAAUAUUUUUUUUUAUCUUUCCAGUAACUACAAGUCAUGCACCAGAAGGAGUCACUCAUUCUGCACUUCAUCUUCUUCAGCUAAACCUUUUCCGCAAGUUUGCAGGAUUUGCCCCAUGAGACAAGAUCACAUGUCUGAGAUUCUAUGCCACACUCCGUCUAUUUCCGAUUAGAUUCUGUGGAAUCUUUAAUUGACGUCCUUCCAUAUAUGUUUUAUCUCGGCCUCUUCUUUAUAAACGUCCUCAUCCUCUACUAUGCCUUUCUGAUGGAAUACAUAGUGCUUAAUGUGGGAAUCGUGUUCCUGCCCGAGGACAUGGACCAGGCACUGGUGGAUCUGGGUGUCCUCUCUGACCCGGCAUCCGUCCCAUAUGAGACAGACACAGAGUUUGAUGUGUUUGAGGGAUAUCUGGAAUAGCUAGUACAGAUAGAAAAUGGCUCGAGUUAUAUGCCAUAUAAGUCAGGUGUGUGCUAGGAAGAUGGGAUUGUGGGUAAUACAGCCAAGGACUGGAGCCAUUAUGAUGAUGAUGAUGAUGAUGAUGACGAAGAUGGAUGGAAAUCAUGUUUAUGAUCGCUGUAGGUGUGAGAAAAUGGUGCCUUGGUCAUCACAUGGAAGAAAUCCGUGCAUAAAGAAAGAGCCUACUCUGAUCUGAUUGGUCAGAUGUCCCAGUCUGUUGUGAUUGGUCUACCGCUUACAGCGUGUGUCGGAAAGGAACCGCCCACUGCCAUAUCUGAAUUUCAGCUCAGUAAUAAUGUCGGUUUUACCUUAUCAGUUUGAGCCUGAGUCUGAUAAUGAUACUUCGGAAGAUCAAUCCGAACCACCAUCGCAAGCACGUCGAGAACAGGACGUUUCUCAGUGGUUGUCCAGGCUCAAGAAAAACGACGUGCAGAUCUUCUCAUCAGGUGGAAUUUUCCAAGGGAAAAGCAGGACGUCUGCGCCGUUAAACGGAUCGGAUCGACGUCGGACAUGACAUCAUCACCUACUCUGUGGCUCACUAAUCACCAAGCUGGCUUAGUGACAUUUAGACUGAGGUUUUAUUAAAGCUGCUGAGAUUCAGGUUUGGUUUACGUCAGGGCUUCAUUGCAUUUCAUAAUCAAUUUAUUUUUAUUCGAUAAAUGAAUAACCUUUGACACUUUCAUUCCAGCCAGAGAUGUCCGAGUUCUGCAUGUUUUUUUUGUUUGUUUGUUUGUUUGUUUUUUUAAAAAUCCUUUAUUUUCUAGAUUAGACGAUUUAGUUGAGCAAUACCUCUUUGAGACUGAUGUGAUAUUCUCAGUAUUGUGCUGCUUGUGAGGAGUUGACGAGCUGUACGCUUGUUCCAUGCUGUAAAACAUGGAUUCAAUCCAACUGAUGGAUUUCAGAUACAAACCUUAUGUAUAUACACACACACAUAUAUAUAUAUAUAAAAAUAUAAAAUAAAUAAUUAAUUUCACUUAA